CAUACCUAUGUUUUUCAAUAAAUCAAUACGAAUAACAUCGUGUGCGACUCUACGAUAAUUUAUCAGUCUGUUGUAGGUACUGCAGAAAAAAUUGAUACCAACGCACGAAUUGUGUUGAACGAUGUGUCGCGCAUGCAGAAUCUAAAACCGUAUCUCGCAGUGUCAUCUGUCUACGCUAAAUCAAAGCAACUGCCGUCAUAUACAUUCGCGUUGUUGUGCUUCUGCGAUGUAGUUUGCAUGAAAAGGUUUUGUUUACGUUUUCAAAUUCAUUGAAACGAAGAUUCAACUCGAUCUUCGAAGCAUUUUUUGAUUACUUUCUGCAAUUUUUUAUCGACUACUGUGUACAUAUUGCGUUAAACUAAUACCGUGUGCUCUGUAUCAUGAGCAUUUUGUGAUAUAACUUAACCUGUCAUGUGAGCAUAUUAUUUAUAUUGACAUUUUUAUGAUGUUCAGAAUGAAUCUUCAUGAGUUAAGAAGGGAUGAAAUCUUUUAUUUUUUCAAAUGCACGAGGAUUCCUAUAAUCAACUUCAUAGAUUUAGUUAUUUCAAUCAUCUACAGUAAAUAAUAAGUAUAAUGUUCAGUUGGAUGACAGUGUCAAGGUACUUCCGACGACGACUUGUUAUUGGAUUUACUCUUGUUAUUUUACUAUUUAUAUACUUAGUACUUAAUUCAUCCAUUAGUGAGAAAUUAGGAAUAUUUGGAAAUGAUUUUGAUGAUAUGGAGAAUAUAAAUUUAAAUGAAAAUGAUGUACUUCUUAGCGAUGAAGAUACUGAUGACAAUUAUGGUAAAUCUUCUGGAAAAUCAUUAUUAUGGAGAUUAGAAGUUAUGAAUGAUAUAGGAAAUGCCAUGUCUGAUGAAGUUAUGAAUUCUGGACAUUUUAUAAGCAAUGGCUCUUUAGAUACAUGUCGCAAUUCUGUUCAGGGCAAAUUUUUAAUUGCUGAUGAUCAAGGUAAUGUAUGUCUUCGACGCCAAGUACUUCAAAAUGGCUGCUGUGAUGUAAAAGGAUUAAAUAAAAUGUCAAAUGUUUCUGAUGUGCCUUCUAUUGUAAAUAAAAAAUAUUCUUGUAAAUCAUGUAAUCCUAAAGGAUGCUGUGCAAUUUUUGAGUACUGCGUAUCAUGUUGCCUAAAUUCUAACAAGAUAAAAAAUAAAAAAGCAUCACCAAGUGUUUCUGUUGCCAGAGAAUCAAUAAAAUAUAAACAAGGGAAAGAUAUCCUAAAAUUAAGACUUCAAAGUUUAGAUGCUUUUCAGCUGUGUCUUUCAGCUUGCCGGACAUCAAGUGCAAGCGUUCGUCAAGAAAACCAAUACAGAGAUCCAGUUUUUAAAUAUUGUUAUGUUUUACAGUUAUCUGAUAAUCGUUUAAAAUUUAAACAAAAAAGAAGUGCAAAUGCAGACUUAAAUAAAAUAGGCGAUGCAGGGAUCGCUUUGACAACUUCUUCUGAACUAUGUUCAUUUGACCCUAAUCAAAUUAUCCAAAUUUAUUCCAUCACCUUGUGAAAUCUCAAGUAACAAAAUCUGCAA